UCGUAAAGUCAGGCACAUUCCCCACAGUGGUGUUGAAUACGCAAGUAGGAUCAUGUUUGCUCUUCCACUCAUUAUCUGUAUGCUCGCCGUAGCAAAUGCUGCUAGGACAAGCAAGCUUGACUACGCAGAAGAUCCAGCACACUACCCCGAGCAAAAACUUUCAGAGAUGGCGGCAGUGAACGAAACCCUUUUUGUUCAUAAACGAAACUACAAGACUAACACUACACUGCGCUGCCUGUCAGCCACAAAACUUGAAAACCCCGGAGGAGAUUCAUAUAAAUACAGGCUAAAAGCCCGAAUUGGAGCCAGCAGCCACUACAUUAACUACACUGUCAUCGUGAUCGCCAACCAAACUGGUGAACACCCAGAACCAAAUGCAGCAUUUUACCAAGAAGACCCAAUGGAAAAAUCAAUGAAUCACAAGAUUGUGACCAUGGAUGAACGACGCACAUGUUUUGUCUUGGUGCGAGAAACUGGUAAUGAUGCCAAAGGCAAGUACAGGAACAUUGUGGUGCAUUACACCUCCCUGGUGGUGGUUUCGCCCUCGCAAUUCGUUCAUUUGAGAUACAAGGAAAAAUAAGUUUGAUGACAUGGU